AUGACGAUAGCAGACCUUGAGCCUCUGAUGCAGCAAGCGCCCGACCAGCAGAUGAUGGUCACGGAGGAUCAGAAGCAAGAGUUGGCCUGUAUUCUGUCCCGGCCCCUCUAUACCUGCCUGUCCUGCGGGGUCACAAUGUCAGACAAGGCCGAAAGGCUGCGACAUGGUUACUUUACAGAGAUAGGGGCCUCGGUGGGGGAAGACGAGAUGGGCUGGCCUUCUGUGGAGCCAUACAUGGUACACUACGAGGGCUAUCCCCGCACUGGGGGCAAAGCCGCGACCAUGUCUGAAAUUGAGUACUUCCAGCGUACCGCCAUCUUCUUCAACCUUGUCUUGUGCGAAGCGAGCGAACAUAUAUUCAAAACGGGCUGUAGCACUGCGCUUGACCUGUUCUUCGUGAACUUCGCGGGCUGCUGCGGCGGCGCACCAACUAGCGCAGACACGGAGUUGCUGAGGUCGUCGCUCGACGACCACUUCUUCAACGAAAUCUUCAAUGCACACUUCGGCGGCACCAUGCUGCGUGCCCCUCUUCCAAGCGAGGCAAUUUGGGGAGAUGCCGUGGUUUGCGACCUCCGGGAGUCCUUGCAGGGCUUUGAGCUGCGCGAGGGCCACGUCUACCACCCUUGCCGGGUCGUCUUCCGCCAGGGGAAGCAAGGCCUCGUGGUGGAAGCCAUCGUGACAGGAGGCGCCGGGAGCCCCGAGACGGCGUACCGCCCAGACACCGGCACCCCAGAGGAGCACCUGGUAUAUGGCCACAUGGUCAUGGAAACCUUCGUAGCGCUCGCCUACAAGCACCUCUCGCCCGAGCACUACGCUUUCAAGCUGCUGGGGCCGGUGAGCGGCGACGUGGGCUUCGUGAACCGCUCCUGGGGGAUGGAUAUGCUCGUGAACGGCACUGGGGAGCCCAUCAACGCGUGGUGCAUCGGGAAAGUGACGCCCAGGGCGCUGCUGUCCGAGGCAGGGGUCUUGAGCCAGAUCCUCCACGCGCAGCGAAGCUUCGAGGCCAGGAAGUCCUGGUUUUGGUUCGACGAGGGCGGCUACGAGACUCGGCUGCUCUUGGAGGUUGACUAA